GCGAACAUUUGAAAAAGGACUGAAUAAAAUCAACCUACAACUUAAUUCUCCAAACUUUCACUAGCUGGUUUUUUGAAUAAAGAGUGAAGAGUUGCAGAGGCUGAGGUAAAACUCAGAAAGAAAUCAUCAUUGCCACAACAAAUCAAGUUUAAUUUUGAAUGCUUUUCUGAAAUGCUUUGUAAGCAGAACUUGAUUGCACUGUUUAUCAUAUCAUUUUCUUCUCUCCAUGAAUUCACUGAGGCUGUGAAAGUGUUCAAAAAUACUUCUGAAUAUUGUGACAUCUGCAGGCACAUCUCUGAAAAGUUUGAAGAGGGUAUAAAAAACACAGCAAGGUCUAAUUUUGGGGGUGGAAAUACUAACUGGGAAGAGAGGAGUUUAGGAAAGUAUGGGCAAAGUGAAACAAGGUUAGUUGAAAUUUUAGAGUCCUGUUGUGAUGGCCUUGAUGAUAAAACUGCCAAGUCCAGGUGUGAAGGCUUGCUUGAGGAACAUGAUGAAUGGAUAGAAGAAUGGUGGAGAACUGUUUAUCACCAGGAAGAGGAUGACGACGACGAUGACGAUAAACCAAAGAAAAAUAAGCAGAAUGAAACGAAGAAAAACCUUUAUUCUGAUUUCUGUGUUCAGAAAGUUGCAGCUUGCUGUGAAAAAGGAUUUUAUGGAUCAGAUUGCAAAGCCUGCCCCGGAGGUCCACAAGAUCCUUGUAAUGGGAAUGGAAUUUGCACUGGUAGUGGAUACAAGGAUGGUGAAGGCACCUGUGAAUGUUCAUCCGGAUAUGAAGGUGAGGAGUGUGACAGGUGCAAAGAAGGAUUCGUGUCACAAGAUGGCAGGAAGUGCUUAGGUUGCCACAAAUCCUGCAAAUCAACUUGCACUACACCAAACGAUCCAAAAACGUGCAAUGAAUGCAAGAAUGGAUGGAAGAAAGAUGAAGAUGGAGUGCUGGGAUGCGUGGACGUAAAUGAAUGUUUGGAUCCGGACAGAUGUCCUUCUCACACAUACUGCAGAAAUGAAGAAGGAAACUCAGCAUGUUUAGAUUGCGACAAGUCGUGCAGUGGUUGCUUUGGACCUCUGGAUAGUGACUGCAAGCAGUGUGCCGAUCUCCACUACAUGCAUGAAUCAACUUGCUUGCCCUGUCACAAAUCAUGCAAGAACUCGUGUACUGAUGGAACAUCAAAAACAUGUGACUCCUGCAAUGAUGGCUGGGAACAUAAUGGAGAAGAAUGCAUUGAUAAAGACGAAUGUGAGAUGGGGCAAGAUGUGCAUAAGUGUGAUCCAAUUGUGUCUUACUGUAAAAAUAAAGAUGGCUCAUUCAAGUGCAAGUCCUGCCACUCGCUGUGCGUUGGCUGUCGUGGUCCAAAGCCACACCAAUGCAAGGAAUGCAAGAAGGGCUACCAGUUCAACGAGGACCAUGAAUGUGUAGAUAUGAACGAGUGUGAACAAGAAGUGCCGGUUUGUCAGGAAGAGCAUGAACAGUGUGUGAACAGAGUCGGUUCAUUCGUUUGCGAGUGUGAGGAUGGAUACGUCAGGAGGAGAGGAGGUCCAUGUCAAAAGAAGCACAUCAUCAUCACUGAUGAUGAACCAAAAAGACCAACAAAGGAGGGAAAGCCAGCUGAGGCAGAGAAGAAGGGCAGCGCCAAAAUUCCCACGCCCCGUCCGUCAUUCGAGGAUUUCAAAUCAGUAACGCCGGGACCAAACGGCUACACGGAGGAAGAUCUCAAGAAACUCGGAGAGCCUCUGCAAGGGAAGCUGAGUGACGAGAAGAUUGUUAUUGAGGGUAAGAGUAAAAUGAAUGAGAGAAUGGGUGGUGAAGACAAGGAGAAAACCGAACUAUAAAAUAUUGUAUGUCAUUUUAGUUAGGUUCAUUGUUUUAAUUUUGUUUAUUUACGUGCUGUUUCGUACUGUUCACAUACAUAUGGUUUGUCGUUACUGUUUCUCAUCCCGUCAUUUUUUGGCAACAGUUGUCAUUUUAUCUUUUUUAACGCAAUAAAUUAGUUUUUAUGAAUUGUUA